AUGCUUCAAUAUGAAGAAUGUCCUAGUACAAAAGAUUACAUUUACAAGGAUAUUUUCAAACAAACAAAUAUUCAUUUUGAAAUUGCUUUAGGAUCUUUUGAAUCAGCUUCAAAUUAUUAUAAAGAUAAUAAUGAAAUUAGAAAACGAAUUGAAGGUGAUAAAUCAAUUGUUGGACCAUUUGAAUAUGGUAAACCUGAUAAAAAUUCUGUAGUUAAAAAAUCUACUCUUGAAUUAUAUCAAUAA